UACCAGCGCGGAGUUUCAUUCGAUACUUUCGAUAAUCGGGAUGCUACCGAUUACUCAUUCACACUCAAUUACAAGCACAGGGGCUACCAGCUCACCCGCCGCAGCCGCACCUUUCUAUGCGGCACAGACCAGAACGAUUAUUCCGACUUCGCUCUUGAAUGGCUUAUGGAUGAGCUCGUUGAUGAUGGCGAUGAGAUCGUUUGCCUGCGAGUCGUUGAGAAAGACUCGAAGAUAGCAAGCGAUUCUAGUGUCGAGGAAGGAAAGUACCGGCAAGAGGCUGAGAAACUGUUCAAACAAGUCAUCCAGAAGAAUAGUCAGGAUGAAAAGGCGAUCAGUCUGGUACUGGAACUUGCGAUUGGAAGAGUGCAGGAAAUUAUUCAGCGCAUGAUCCAAAUCUACGAGCCUGCCCUUCUCAUCGUCGGUACCCGCGGUCGAAGCAUGAACAGCAUGCAAGGACUGCUACCAGGGUCUGUGUCAAAGUACUGUUUGCAGCAAUCGCCAAUCCCAGUGAUCGUUGUACGUGCUUCUGCGAAGCGCGAAAAGAAGAAAAAGAAGCGUCUUGCCGAUCCGACGAGGCGCAACUAUAACAGCAUCCUGCAGAUGAGC